GGGGCGGACCCUUGCGCGUUCCCGUGGCCGGGACGAACUCUCGCCCGGGGGAAGGGGCCUGCAGGUCCAGUCUGCCCGGUCCCGUCACCCUGGGCGCUGGAGGGAUGGCCACCCAGCUGCUGACUGACGAGGCCCCGGAAUCAGUGACGUUCAGGGAUGUGGCCGUGGACUUCACCCAGGAGGAGUGGCAGCAGCUGGAGCCCGCCCAGAAGGACCUGUACAGAGAUGUGAUGCUGGAGAACUUCAGGAACCUGGUGUCUCUGGGCGGCUCUCCUCUGGCUGUCAUUGUCUCUGCUCCCCCGAAGGGACAGGUCCUGUUCCCUCCGCCUCAUGUGGGCUCCGCUCUGUCAAACCACCUUUGCGGCCAGCUCAUCGCUGUCCCUGUACUCGGCAGACUUGGAGUCUAGACCUGAAAUGAAGGAAUCGGGUCCAAAGGACGACAGUGCGGAACACAGGCCAUCUGUCGGGGCGGUGGCCAAGGGACCCAUGAGAAACGGU